AGUCAGCUUCACGUCUUGACGAUAUCUCUCAUCCUCACGACCGCCUUUACGACGAACUCAACUUCAGACCCGCUAUCUUGUUAUCAAAUCGGCGUCUUCACGAUCUGUUCCAGACAAGACCAUCUCCAGGAAGCGUCAGGCCCUGGCACGGGACGUUCACCAACCUACGAUUAUCAACGAACACCAGCUAAGAAGGCAUAGAGGCACCUCUGGCAGCAGAACACGAUGAGGGAGUCCAACUUCUGCUUCCCAGCGCAGAACAAGGCGAGCGUGUGCAUCUCGAGCCAGCUCUAUGACCGCAGAGCGCUCGACACAUCCUCGCCCUUGCCCCUCUUCAACUCCCUCACACAUCUUACCUACCUCACGUCCACAUCGCCCCGCAUCCGGGAGAUCAUGACGAUGGACGGCGGUCUCGAGCGGCUCGUCAAAAUACUGCACGACUUCUGCCUCGCACCACCGCCACCGGAGAACCCUGCGCUCUUCUACGGUCUCAUGCCUGCGCCGCCGCCCUCCAAGGCUAAGGGACGCGCCUCGCCCGAGCGCGAGUACGUCCUGAACCCCGCGACGUUUGACAAGCAUGCCGCGUUUCGAUUCAGCCUCGCCUUCCAGUGCCUCGUCAACAUCGGUGUCCGGGGGAGCGAGAAUAUACGGUCUCGCGUCGUCCAAGCGGGCACCCUCGACGUUGUCGGCUGCAUCCUCGAGGCUUGGCUCGUCAACCGUGGCUUCGGACUGGUCGGGCCGCCUGCCGGAAUACCUAGCCGGACGAGCAGUAGCCGCGGGACAGGCGGUAGUCGCGCGGUAGGCGCGAGCUCCCGCGCUCCAGGUGGCCCGGCAAGGGCAGGCGCGUCGACAUCUGGUGCUAACAAUACGAAUUCGAACCCCAGCGCCCCAGCGCAACUUGUCCUUCAGCCCAAUGUUCCGCCCAGUCGCCCUCGCGCUGUCAUUCCACCUCCGUUCACUCGGCAGAACGCGAGCUGGCUGAACAACGAACAAGACGCGCCGCAAGCAACACCCGCACCCGCGCCAUCUACUCCGACUGCACCGUCUGCGCCCUUCUAUCGCGAUCGAAGCCAGACCAUAGUAGCGCGCCCGCGGAUGCCAGAGACGCGCGAUUCGUCGCCUGAACAGCCGAAUAGGAGGCAGCAACCCGAACAGUCGGCACGUAGGCAACAGCCGGCAGAUGGGCGUCCGCUAUCCGCAGAUGCACGCGCCGCCGUGACAGGCGUGGCUGCGGCUUCGGCUGAGAUGACGCACCAGCGUCGUUCGGCAUCCGAGGCGCAGCGACGGCCUACGCUCGACCGUGCGGGGACAUCGAACUCGACUACGUCUUUCUCCACCGAUAAUACCUCCCCAGCAUCAUCCAGACCUCAAUCACCACACCAACAAUCACCUUCAUCCUCUCGUCCCGAAACGGAGACCGAGGACGACGAGGAGCCUGUCCUAAAUCGUGCGACGGCUUUAGGAAGCGUGUCGCGCGGAACGGUGCCCCGUGGUCGUGAGGAGCCAUCCCUUAUGAGCGCGAUGGCCCGCAGUCGCACCGUGACGAGGCCGGAGCGGCUUGCGCAGGAAGGCAUGGCGGAGACACUGAACGAUUUGGGGCUUGAAGGCAAUCAACUCGGUUUGGAACGUCCCCUCAACGACGAACAGCUAAACACCCUCGCUAUUGGCGACGCAGACCCUGCUCACCAGAUCGGACUCGCUGACCCGCAUAUUGGAGGCGAGCCCGGGAUAGCUGGUGGUCAUCAGCUGGGGCAUCUGCGGAUCGGCUUGUCUGAUGACCUUGAGGGUGCUAUGUUGAAUGACGACUUUGCGAUGGGUGCGCCGCCUGGCGCUCCUGGCGCGCUGGUAACUCGUCCCGGGCGGCUGCCGCCUGGUGGCGGUCCGAUGAGUACCGAUGUGAGCGGAAGUGAGGAUGAAGGUCCCUCGAUGCGUCACUCGCCGCCUCUGCAUCUCCUGCCCCCUCAACAACAGCAAGCGUCGACGUCUCGGGCUAUGCUGCAGCAGAUCGAGGCUACGCCUCGUGCUGGCUCGGUCCCUUUGCCCGACGACGAGUUUGUCUCCAGGCCGGGGAACCGUAGCAGCUUCGCUGGUGCGGGCAGCUUCUCGGGCGCCAACUUUGGCUUCGGGAACGCCAAUCUCGCGGCCUCCUUUGGUCCCGCAUCCGCCGGCGGCUUUCAGUCCGCGUCGAAUUCCGCGAACGCGAACCUCGGCAGGCAAGGCGAGGCGGCCGGCCCGUCGACGGUGGACAACCAUACGGCUAUGCCAGCUCUGCGUCCGGGUUCUGUGAGCUACUCUGCGGGUCCUUCGUCGACCUACGCGGAGCCAGCGAGCAGCGAGGCCGGCACCUUGGACGAGGACGUCGAGAUGGAAUCUCCAGUGCGACCCACCGCCCCACUGCCCGUUUCGCGCGAAGUCAGCGUACCGGUGAUCGCACAGCCUCGCCCAACGCGCGCCACGGCUGCGCAGGCAGCGCCGCAGACCCCUCAGGCGCCUCAGGUGUCGCAAGGCGCAAGCGCUUCACCGCAGCAAACAGCGCAAGGAAGCCCAACGCAGCCACCUCCGCCGAAUCCGUCGCCUUACACGGACUCGGACGUACUGCUCGCGCUGCAGUUGUUGGCGUAUCUGAGCAAGUAUCCGCAUGUCAGGCAAGCCUUUUACAAGGUUCGCGAGGGCUUCCACCCUGCAUCCGCGACGUACGUCGCCCAGCAGCAGGCGCAGCAGCUCAACGUUACGCUGUCUGGGCAACCUAUCGCCAGCGCAGCCAGCGGCGGCUCAUCGAAGGGCAAGAGCAAAGGCAAGGCUGCUGAUGCUAUGUCAUCCUUCAUAAAUGGCUCGUCCUCAGGAAAAGCUUCGUCAUCGAAGGCUUCGGGCUCGACGGCCACUUCGUCGACAACACGGAUUCGGCAGACGAACGUCUUUGCGCUCGUCGAGCGGUUCACCUGGCGGCCGAGCUCAUCGCAGAUAGCCGCAGCUGCUGCCGCGGCUGCUGCUAAUGCUGAAGCUUCGACAUCCGCACCCGGCGCAAGUACGUCUGGGGCAUCCGCUACGAGUCAGCCGGGUAGUACAACUGGCACUACCGCGGGGGCGACGGCGACACCACCCCCAAGACGAUAUGUACCGCCUACGCCUCAACUUCCGCCUGAGAUCCAGUACUGGGCCGGCGUCAUCAUGCGCAAUGCGUGCAGGAAGGACGACAGCAGAGGCGGUAUCCGUCAGUGCGCAAACAUGCUUUGCGGCAAAUGGGAAUCAUACCCCCGCGAAUUCGCCAAGUGCAGACGCUGCCGCAAGGCGAAGUACUGCGGGAAGGAAUGUCAGAGUACGGCAUGGAGCGAGGGGCAUCGUUUCUGGUGCUCCGCGAAAGAGGGAGAUGACGAGCGGGCAGAACGUCGGGCGAGUGAAGCGCAGGCGGCGGACGGGGAUGCAGACACCAGCACGGGCACCGUGCGUCGGCACCAUCGACACCGCGACCGCGAGCGUGAGCGCGAGCGCGAGAGGGACCGGUCGGCGAUCGCUACGCUGACCGGCUUGGGAUUCUUGGCAGGGGGUGCAGGAGCGGGAACGGCAGCGGCGGCUGGUGCGGGAGGCGCAACGGGGGGCACGGCGCGGACGGCGACGCGGAAUCGACCUGGCAUCUUCACCCGUGCGGGAUUGCCUUCGUUCGGGCAAGCGCAGGCCGCGCAGCAGGAUCGGACGCCGAUGGAGCCGCUGGGACCGACGCAGGUACCAUACGUGGUGUACCAGUCCGCGGCGGCAAGGCAGGCGGCGGAGCGCCAGGCGCAGGCCGAACGCCAGCAGCGUCGGGCGGCCGCGCACGGUCAGCAGGCGCCGGCUGGAGAGCAUAACGACCAGCAGCGGCGGGAGAACGAGGCGCUGCUCGUGCAGUACGGCGUGUCCGAGGAGCGCGUGCGCGGGAUGGGCGCGGAGGAGGUCGCUGAGGUAGCCGGGCGCCUGAGAAGGGAGGCGGAGUGGGGUGGCGGGGAUGGGGAGGAUGUGAAUAUGGGGUGAGAGUACGCGAUUAGAACAUGGACUACAGUCGUAGUGUGUAUUUAUCGACCAAGGCCGUGUUUCCAUCCGGCCGUAGUUGCGC